GCUUCUGCCAGCCCUACGCACCGGGUGAGGGUGGCAGACGAGAAAGGAAGGAUGGGGGCUCUGGAUUCCUGGGUCUGGAGCUCCAUCUGCGUCCACAUCUGUCCACUCCAUCAAGGGGAUGCACCAACACAUUAGCCUCCAGAAAAACCACUUGGGGAACUUGCUAAAUUUUCAGGUCCCACCUUCCAAGUGAGGCGGAUUCCACAGUGCUGGGAGAGGGGUUCGGGAAUCUGCGUUUUAAACAAGUGCCCCAAGUGAUCCUGAUGCAGACGGUUCACUGACCUCACUUUAAGAAACUCUGCUCUGGAUGAAGAAUUAAUUUUGGGAGGUGGCUUGGAGGAAGAGAGAGCUCAGGAAGUCUGCACUGAAGAAUUCUGAAAAUCUUAUUUUGGCAUCAUUCAUUCAUUCACCAACUGAGGCUUAGCUGGGCCUGGGCCUGAGGUCUCUGCCAUUCUGUCUACUGUUUCUAUCACUCAUGGCUUAAAAAAAAGUGCUCCUAGCAGCCUCCCCAGGAGCCCUGUGGCCAUGACACAGCUGCUUCUGUUCCUUGUGGCUCUCCUGGUUCUGGGUCAUGUGCCACCAGGGAGAAGUGAAUUCAAACGGUGCUGGAAGGGUCAAGGGGCCUGCCGAACUUACUGCACAAGGCAAGAAACUUACAUGCACCUGUGCCCGGAUGCGUCCCUGUGCUGUCUCUCCUAUGCGUUGAAACCUCCACCGGUCCCCAAGCAUGAAUAUGAGUAGCUGGUUCUUGCUGUCUAAUAAAACACAGGCUGCCA